AUGGCCCUUGGCACCUUCUUGACUUUUCCAGAGGCCUCUCCGAUUCUGAAGGAAAAGGAGGCCAAACAGCUCCUGAGAUCCCGGCGACAGGACCGGCCCAGCAAACCCGGAUUCCCUGACGAGCCAAUGCGGGAGUACAUGCACUACCUGCUCGCCCUGGAGCACCGCGCCGAGGAGCAGUUCCUGGAGCACUGGCUGAACCCUCACUGCAAACCCCACUGCGACAGGAACAGAGUCCAUCCCGUGUAAGGGGCUUGGGACCGGCC